ACAGCAGGCUGGUAAACUUCAGACCAGCAGACUAGAUAUUUGCCUUUGAAUAUUCUGCUCAGUAUCUGAAGAAAAAGUGUGACACAUUGAAGAGAAAUUCAGCACCAAGGAGAGCUCCAAGUCUCCCUUGUGCAAAAAUCACCAUUACUGUAUUUUUGAGGAAUCCAAAAGUCCAUCUUCUGGCUUUGUCAAAAGAGAUGGAACACAGAAGUAGCUCCCAUCUUCUCCUCUUUUUUACAUUCCUCCAUGUUUUCUGCUCCCAAGCCAUUGCCUUGCCUCCUUUAGGAUCAUACUCAGCUAUAAGACUAGGUAACAGAAUACCAUUUGAUGGACAAAGUGAAUCUGAUCACACCCAAAGUUCAUUAAAACCCAAUGCUGAUGUUCUUCAGGCUACUCUACCUGAAAAUGAGAAGUUCUAUUUAGAUAUGUCCAGAGCUAUUGACAGAAAUAUAAGACAUGCUGAUGGACUCUUUACAAGUGGCUAUAGCAAACUUUUGGGUCAACUUUCUGCAAAGAAGUAUUUGGAAUCCCUAAUUAGUAAAAGGAUUGG